GUCCUCAUUAAUCAUUUCGCUUGAUUACAAUAUGGCGGACGAAUUACCUUCCGAUUACGAUGCAAUAAUUUUAGGAACAGGAAUGCCAGAAUCAAUUGUUGCAGCUGCACUUGCUCGUAUUGGAUAUAAAGUACUUCAUUUAGACAGAAAUGACUAUUAUUCUGGAUAUUGGGCUUGUUUGGGUUUUGAAAGUUUGCAGAAAUGGAUUGAAACUGUGAGGAAUCAGAAACUGGAAAAACAGAUUGUUGAGGUUUGUGAUAAAGCUGUUGAAGAAAUAAUUUAUGUUCCAUCUGAUGGCAAAGUGAUCCAUAAUGUUGAAGUCCAAUCGUUUCUAAGCAGUUCUAACCAAAACACUGGAAAUGAUAGCAAAGCUAAGGAAAUAACGAACGAAGUUGCAGACAACACAAACAAAGUCACAGACAAUACAAAUGAAGUCAAAGAUAAUUCUAAUAAAGUCACUGGACAUGAAGAAAAUGCCUCAGGUAAAGUCAAUGAAGUCUUGUGUGAUGGUGCAGUUGGAUUUACUAACAAUCCUGAAGAAUCACCAAUCGUUUCAUCUGCCAAAGAAUACAAUGUUGAAAAAAAAUCUUUCAUUACUAACCAAGAGGAUGUGAUGAAUAAAAAAGACGAUAUUGAUGACUGUAUUGAAGAUACAAAGAAUGAACAAUGUGAGGAUGACUUGUUCAAUGAAGAAAAAUCAAGGUCGAGCAGUAUUCAGAAAAUUCUUGUGCUGAUGUGAUUUGGUUAUGAAGAUAAACAAGUUAGUGAAUCAAAAGUCAUUGACAAUGACUCAGAUUCAUCAAAAGUCAUUGAUAAUGACUCAGAUUCAUCAAAAGACGCGUUGGAUUUUUGUGCUGGGGAAACAGAAAAAUCCUCAAAGGAACAUUCCAAUGAUAUCGGUAGUGUAGGUCAACGACAUAUGAGAAAAGAAAAGAAUUUAAAUGAAAACUCGACAUACGCAGAACUCGUAGAAAAAAGUCGAAAAUUCAACCUUGACUUGUCUCCUAAGAUUCUUUUUGCAAGAGGAUUGCUUGUCGAAACUUUGAUUAAUGCGAACAUUUCUCAUUAUGCAGAGUUUAAAAUCAUCAGUCGUAUUUUAACCAAAACAGAUGAAGGCAUAGAAGAAGUUCCAUGUUCAAGAUCCGAUGUUUUUAGCAGUAAAUUAAUAAAUGUCCUUGAAAAGCGCGCAUUGAUGAGAUUCAUGACAUUUUGUUUGAAUUAUGAAGAUCACAAUGACCAGUAUGAACCAUAUGUGAACAAACCUUUUAAAGAAUUUUUAAUUUCUCGUAAACUCAGUGAAAAUCUUCAGCAUAUCGUCCUCCACUCAAUUGCUGGGGUCGCUGAAAAUGCUCUCACACUUUGUGGUUUGAAGGCGACCCAAAAGUUUCUAAAGUCUUUAGGUCGCUAUGGAAACAGUCCAUUUUUAUGGUCCCUAUAUGGUACUGGAGAACUUCCUCAGGCCUUCUGCCGUAUGUGUGCUGUAUUUGGGGGAAUCUACUGUUUACGUAAGAGCGUAAAGUCGUUGGUGUUGAAUGAGAACAAGAAGAAAUGUGUUGCAGUUAUUUCUGAUGAUGGUCAGCGUCUCAAUACGAAAUGGUUAAUUAUGGAGAGAUCUUAUGCUCCUGAAUGUUUUAACAUUUCAAGCAGCAGCACGAUAUCACGGGCUAUACUUAUAACAAAUAAAUCUUUAAAACCAGCAGAACAGGAAAGCAUUAGUUUAUUGACCAUGUCGAAUGAUUCCAAUCCGUUGCGUCUAAUUGAACUACCACCGUCAUCAAUGGCAUCUCCUCAAUCUUUAUAUGUUGUUCAUUUAACGACGGAGACUGUCUUAGAUGCUACACAAGAUCUUCGACCUUAUGUUAAUGAUUUAUUUCAAACUCGUGCAGGUGGUGUUAACAAUGUUGAAGAAAAACCAUUUGUACUUUGGUCUUUAUAUUUUAACAUGGAAACAGGUGUUUCUUCUUCUACUGAUACCAUUCCUCCAAUUUGUGCAAAAAAGAUAUUUUCGUCCAUUUGUCCCGACGAAGACUUCCUUCCCGCUGUGCCUAACCCUGAAGAUAUUAUUUGGGAUAAUAUUGGUUGUAGUCCUUUUGAGGAAUCCGAAGUUAAAGAUGAUAUGAAUUCUGGUGAAAAAGAUUGCCAAAUUUCUGUUGAAAAUGAUCGUGAAAAGUCUAUCGACAAUGAGUGUAAUACGUCCGAGAAAGAUCUUGGAACGUCUGAAGAGAAAAUUUGUGAAGAUUCUUGAGAGAACGGUCGUGAACAUUGGAUUUAGAUAGAAGUAUAAAUUAAAGGCACGUUAACACGACCUGAUUUGUAGGAUCCUACUUUAUCGCAUCCUAAAUAACGGAUCGUGUGAACACAUAUAAAGCGAGCCUCCGACAGUCGAAAUCGUCAGUUUCAUAAAUAGGAUGGAAAUAGAACUUGCUCUAUUUUCAUCCGACAAGAUAGAGAGGAAGCCGACUGCUCUCAGAUGUUUCACUCUUCAUACUUCCCAAAUUUGAUUUCGUGCGAGAAAAUAGAUUUGAAAAAGACUUAAAAACAAGAUUAAAAAUACGUAAAUAUAUCAAUAAAUUUAGUGGAUGAACAAAGGGCUGCUCUCAACGAAACUAUCGGACCGUCUGAACAAGCAAUCAAAAGUGGGAACCGAAACAAUCGUAUUGUGUGAACGGGCCUUUAUAAGAAUUAUUGAACUUUGACAUUCAUACUUAAUUGGAUUAAUUUAAUUAACAUGAUGAUUCUUAGUGCA